AUGGCGUCGCCUUCGCUUACGGACUUGGAGCAGCGGAAUCGGCUCCCGACUCUCUUUGAAGUCCUUAGCCGUCGUACACUAGCUCCUGUCGAUCUUUUUUCGUUUUACAUUUACAUGCGAGACCAGCAGCGCUCGGUCGAUUAUCUGGACUUCUGGCUCGAUGUUUCGCAACAUAUGUCUUUGUGCCGUCAUUAUGUUCGAGAGUUACGCCGAUCCGUUCUAGUAGCCACGCCCGACUUGGAGAAAGCGGAUAGCAAAGGCUCCUCUGACCCCUUAGGGAACCUCGAGACUUUCGGCGAUAUACCUUUGGUGGAAGCUGGACCCUCUGGUUUGCGCCACGGAAAUCAUGAGUUGGAUGAUCAGGACGCCGAUCAAAGAUUAUCGGCAUUCCUGCGUUCUGAUGGUCAUAAUCCAGGGCACUCGCCCCAAGGCAGCCUUGGUUCACAGAAUGCCGCCCGUACACCUUCUAAUGAACAGCCACCUCGCCCAAGCUUUGGAACGCGAAACGAUUCUACGUCGCCGGGCCAUACCGUGGCACGGGCCGAUAUUCGUGCAAGUGCGGAGAAGAUUCUGUAUACAUACCUGCUUCCGGGUGCAGAAAGAGAAAUCGUACUGCCGGAGGAUAUGGUCUCUACAAUCAUCAAUUUGGUUGAGGAUGAUGGCCGAGAUGACCCAGAAGUAUUCGAUCCCGCGAAAGACUAUGUUUUCCAGGCCAUGGAGCGCGAUGCAUUCCCAGGGUUUUUGCAGGCGAAGGCCCUGGGUAACCUUGUCCCGCUGAGUACCGUUGCCCGUCUUGCCUUUGCGCUAGUAAGCUUUGGUGGCGGAUUUUGGGGUGCCUUCUACGUUGUCCUCCGCGACAAGCCAAGGCACAUCCGUUGUUGGUUGAUACUUCCUUUUAUCAUCGCAUCCUAUUUUAUUGUCUCAUAUCAGUACAAGAUCGACCCUGUCAUGGCAUUUCUCGGAUACAGCGAAUAUACCUUUAUGAACUGGUCGCCGAUCCGUGAACCUUACGUGCGAAAGCUCUUGAACAAACGCGCCACGGCAACCAUACUGAUCGCUGCAUUUGUCGCCACCGCGCUCAGUGUCCUGUUCAUUUUUGUUCCUGGUACCAUGCUCUAA